AAUUACAGUAGUCGCACCCUGAAGACAUGGAGCUCGCGCUCAACCGCGACCUACUGCAUUCGCAGUUCAGCAGCUGGAGACUGCAACCACUCGCUUCCGUUAAGCGACAUGACCUGGAGUUAUAUGGACACGCUGCUGGCAUCGUGUCUAGCUCGGUGGACUUCCUGCACACGCAGGCUUCCGUGACCCGGAACCACGUCCUGCAGAGCGAGGGCCGCCUGUUUGUGUUCACGCAGCAGGACGGGUCGGCGGCGCACCGCGUCUUUGAGCUGCUGCCUGUGCCGAAUGCGGAUGCGGGCCUGCUACCGAUGCAGGUCGCGGAGCUGACGGGCGGCGCGGGUGCGGAGGCUGUGGGCGGCUCGGUGGAGGCGGUGCUGGACUGUAGCCUGGCAGUGGUGGCGCCGCACGCGCAGCAGCCUGCGCAGCAGGAGCCCGGUGCAGGCGCCGCCGGCACCACCACCGGAGCGGCGCCCACCGACCGGCAGCAGCCGUCUCAGUACGAGUCGGCGCGGCCCUUCCAGGUGCUGCUGUCACGUGGCCACGGCGACCUGGUGCUGGUGCGGGUGCCGGCCGGCGGCGGCGGCAACAGCGGCGGCAACAGCGGCGGCAGCGGCUCGGCGGCUCAGAUGAGCAAUCCAGUGUUCCCGGUGCGGCCGCGCGCCCCGCUGGCCGGGGUCCGGCCUGUGACUCUGGAGGCCGCCGUGGAGCACGCCAAUGGCGACAUCACGGCUGUGGUCUGGGCCAUUCGCAGCCGUGGCGCCUCCACCCCCGGGUGCUGCGAGCUGUUCGCGGUGACGCUGCGGCCGGGCGUGGACGCGGAGGGGCGGCUGCGGCUGGAGACGCUCGGGGUGCAACUGCUCCUGCGUACCAAGCUGGCGCCCUACGUGGUACGGGUAUACGCCGCUGCUGCCGGUGCCGCGCCGGUCGCGGUGGUGGGGUUUGACCCCAACACGGCGGGGCUUGAGGAGGAGGACGAGGAGGACGCAUCGCAGGCUCCAGGGCCCAGCGGCAAGCCCUCGGUGGCGGCCAUGGAGGCAGCGGCGGCGGCCGACGACGCCGCCAACGCGCCACCCGCUGCCGGCGACGACGACGACGACAUGGACCCGCGCACUCUGGAGCAGGCGGUGGCUCGGCUGGCGCACCUGACCAGCAGUGAGAGGGACAAGGCGGUGCCGCUGGCGCAGUGGGCCGACCUGUACAAGGAGAGCGGGCCGGACGGCGUUGGGGCCAUGGGCGGGGAGCCGGUGCUGGACCUGGCGGCGUGGCGGCUGGGCGGCGGCGCGGGCGGCAGCACCGACAAGACGCAGCGGCCCUACUGGCGCCUGUCCUGUCACGCGCACCGGCUGCUGACAGCGGAUGGCCCGCUGCGGGCGCCGGCGGCGGCCACGGCCGCGGCCCGGCCGGCGCUGCUGCUGGGCGUGACCGAUGAUGUGGACUGCGCCGUGGUGCGGCUGGACGUGGGCGCGCAGGGGGCUGGAGGCGACGCAGGCGCCUCAGACCCAGCGCCGCAGGUGACGCACGCGGUCAGCAUCCCCGCCCUGGCCUACGUGGCCGCCGGCAAGACCUACAAGCGCCACCUACUGCUGGGCAGCGCAGGCACUGGCUGCAGCAGCGGCAGCGCCAGUAGCAGCGGUGCCGGCGGGGUGCUGUCUGCGGUGCUGGUGGAGAGUCAGCGCUUCAUGUACGUGUACGGCUUCACGAGCUCCAGGGAGGAGUACGGGCGGCAGCAGGUGGUGGAGCUGGGGCUGGAGGAGGGCGAGAGCGUGCUGGGGGCGCGGCUGGUGGAGGUGGCGGCGGCGCAGGGCACGGAGGGGGGGCCCGGGGCGGGCGGUGCGCUUGUGGUGGUGGCGACGCAGCGGCGGCUGCUGUCGUACCGUCUGACUUGGCGUUGAGUGGUGCGGCGGUGGUGCGGAGGAAGAGGUCCCGGGCGUUUCAUGCAUCGGCACAUUGCGUUGUGUGGAGUACCGUAGCCGGUUUCGAACUGUGUGUGUUGUGGAAUCUCCAAUCCUUCCAGG